UAAAGGGUCUCAAGAGAGUUUCUGAUGUCUACUUUUCCUUGACAGAUGCCUGCUCCUGGAGGCCGUUACUGACAGGAUGUUUGCCAUUCACCCACCCAAUGCUUCCCAGGCACCAGCUGCCAGCCCUCUGGCGAACACCUCAAUGCACACAGAGGUGGUAAAGACCACUGAAAGUGUCUCAUCACCCGCUGCGCCCAUUUUCUCUAUGACCCUCGGUGCUGUCUCCAAUGUGGUGGCACUGGCUAUUCUGGUGCAAUCCUAUGCCCGCUUCCGGCGCCGCUCCAAGGCAACAUUCCUGCUUUUUGCCAGCAGUCUGGUUAUAACUGACCUAGCAGGCCAUGUGAUUCCCGGCUCCUUUGUUUUGCGACUCUAUGCAACACGUCGUGCCUGGGCAGCCAUGGACCCUUCGGGAGCCCUCUGCCAGUUCUUUGGAGCCUGUAUGGUGUUCUUUGGUCUGUGCCCACUCUUCCUAGGCUGCAUCAUGGCCGUGGAGCGUUGUGUGGGCAUUACCCGUCCAUUUUUGCAUGCUUCCUUGGUCACCCCAGGCCGGACAAAGCUCUCCUUGCUAGGACUGUGGGCAACUGCCCUGGUGAUUGCUCUGAUGCCUCUCUGCACCUUUGGGAGCUACGUCGUUCAAGCCCCCGGCACGUGGUGCUUCAUCAAGGUGCGAGGAGCAGAUGUCUGGCCGGAGGGGGCCUUUGCCCUCCUCUUUUCCUUGCUGGGCUUGGCCUCGCUGCUGGCCUCCCUCUUCUGCAACACGUUCAGUGGACUCAUCCUUCUGCGGGCCCGGCUCCGUAGUCAGCGGAAAUGUGGGCAUCGGCGGGCCAAGGCUCAUGACAUCGAGAUGGUUGUGCAGCUGGUGGGCAUCAUGGUGGUGUCCUGCAUCUGCUGGAGCCCCUUACUGGUCUUUGUAAUCCUGUCAGUGAGCAACUCCAGCGGCACCCUUGAUUAUGAACAGCUACUAUUCCUUGGUGUACGUCUGGCCUCCUGGAACCAGAUCCUUGACCCCUGGGUAUACAUCCUGCUGCGGCGAGCGGUGUUGCGCAAGAUACUUGCUUUGUUUCUACGACAUGCUGAUCUCAAGAUGCGCAUUGAACGCUGGGAGGCCAGCUCCUUCCAAAGCUCUGAGCGCAGCGUUGCUGUUGGCCGUCUCUAGUGCCGUCUGGAAUGUGCACAGGUACUUAUCCUUGGAAGAUGCCUAGGAAGCACUUUUGCACAAUUCCCCUUGUUUGCAAAACAGCCUCCCGAAGUAACCAUGUUUAG